AUGUCGCAGGACUUCACAGUUGAUCUGAUCGACACCGACGAGACGGCGCUUCCGGCGCUCAUCAAGAUGAACAUCCGGCGCGCCGACGCGUUUGUCCUCGUCUACGCCGUCGACGACUUCUACUCGUUCGAAUAUAUCCGCUGUAUGCGCGACGCCAUAGUGAAAAUGCGAACCGCCGAUGUUCCGAUAGUCGUCGUCGGUAAUAAGAUAGACAUCACGGAGCGAGAGGUACAUCCGGUUGUCGCUGACUGCUUGGUCACCGUAGAAUGGGAGCAUCCGCACGUGGAGGUUUCAGCGCAGAACGGCGACGAAGAACUGACGGCCAUUUUCGAAGAGCUGUUUCUACACCCGGCGCUCAACAACGAGACCCUCAUGACGGGAGUUUUCGGAUCUUCGAAAACGACGACGUCUAGGCGUAAGACGCUGAGUUCGUUGCCAAAAGAGGAGGAGCAAAGCACGUCAAUGCAUUUCAAGCCGCAUAAAAAGAAAGGUCUGCAAAUGUCAGCGUUUCGUGUGUGGACUUUGGUUAAAAAUAUCAUCAAGAAGUAA